GCCAAUGAUUAGUGUUUGAGUGGCCGACCCGACAGCAGUGGUGUAUAAUACUAGUCAAUGGGCUCAUUGGGACCGUACUGUCCGAGUUUCUGUGGCUAUGAUAUUGAUUGCGAUGUGUCUGAAGAGUUGGCCUGCUUUCUCACCUCAUCCCUGUUGGCCUCCCUGUCCGUCUCGUUGACCAUACCAUUAACAAUACUGAUGGACGGCCUACUGCGGGGCGUGUCGUACCCGCGUAUGUUCUUCUUGGGCACAAUUCCCCUCUACCUGUCAUUCGUAGCGAUCAGCGUAUUGUCUCAUUACGACUCGUGGGACCCGUUGGCUGAGCUGCUGCUGAGACUAGUCCGCCAUUCGGUGCUCCGGAAGCCAGUGAUCCGGGGGUCAGACCCGCUGUACAGCGAACAAAGUCAGUCACUCAUAGGCGACCAAAACAAUAGUAGCGCUUAAUUUGUCCUCUCAUUUGACGUGUAUUUUUUAGUUUAGUUUUUUUUAUUAAUUGCUUACUUUAUUUAUUUCGCGACAUAUGUUUUUUUGAUAUCAAUUCGCAUU